AUGGAUCAUACACCUCCUGGAGAUGGUAAUGUAUUUGGCUGCCCAUACUUUGAUGAAUUACGACUUGAGCAAAUGGAAUACAUCAACUACAUAUUGUUGGAGAACUUGAGGUUGGCAACCGAGCGGAGUGAGUUGAAGAAUAUGUACAACACCACAAACAUGCAGUACUCUACUCUAAAUUCAGAGAUACAUGUGCUAGAAAUGGCUUUAGGGGUGAUGCAGAAGAAGUCCAUGGAAAUGGCAAUUGCUAAGAAAGGCAACACUUUAAGGAUGGAUUCAAUGGACAUUAGUUCUUUCCUUUUUCAGCAGCGCCAAAUCAUAGACCAUGUUGGUUCCAUGGUGAAACGCCAAGAGGCACUAAGUAGUGAGUUAUGUGUUGAAGCUAAUCAGUCACCAAAUGACACAUACAUCGUCUUCCUGGACCGAUCUUUGCUACAUGACAAUAGUCUUGCAGUUGCUUUGCUAUACGACGAGACCGAGGAAACAUAUACUUGGGUUUUAGAGGAAUUUCUAGAGUGCAUGAAAAACAAACCACCUCCUGUGGUGGUCACCGACAGUGAUCGUGCUAUGGUGAAAGCAAUACAAAAAGUUUUCCCAACUUCUGUUCACCGCUUGUGUGCUUGGCAUCUUCAGAAUAAUGUAGCUAUUAAUGAGCCUCAUCCUGUAUUCAAGUCCAAGUUCAAUGAACUACUUUAUCAAUACUAUACCGAGGAAGAUUUCGAGGAUACAUGGAAUAUAAUGGUUUUAGAAUUCGAAUUUGAGGAUAGUCGAUGGGCAACAACUACCUACAAUAGUAGGAGUUGGGCAGAAUGUUUCCUACGAGGGCAUUUCUUUGGGGGACUAAGAACUACUCAAAGAUCAGAGUCAAUUAAUUCCUACUUGUCCCACUUUCUGACGAGCGAACUCAAACUUAGAGAUCUGGUUGGCCAAGUGGACAAGGCCAUACUAAGUAUUCGUCACACAGAACGGGAAGACGAAUUCAUCAGCAACCAUAGUAUGCCACAAUUACCAUCGAACGUCCUCCGACAGUAUUAUGAACAUGUGGCUUCAAUUUUGACAAGGAACAUGUACACAAAAGUAUAG